CAGCGCUUCCUGAUUUGGAUCCAGCGCUUAGCCGGGUUUAGGGCAGGUUUCUUCGCGUCACGCGUCUAAUUUGCACUCUGUCGACGCGACGCGUCUCGACUACCUCCACCACCUCCACGCCUACCAUCUCACCCGCCACCAUGUCUAUGCUCGACGAGCCCGUGCCCGAGGAUGUCCUCAUGCGCGACCGCGCGCGUGUCUUCGAGGAGUUCCUCGACUCGGACAGCGACCUCUACAACUACAAGGACGACAUCGCGCGCAUGCUCCGCCAGGAGCAGCGCCGGCUCAUUGUGAACAUCGACGACCUACGCGACUACCGACGCGACUUUGCGGACGGCCUGCUGAAGCAGCCGACGGACUACGUCCCUGCGUUCGACGAGGCCCUCUCGAACGUCGUCAGUCGCGUGCACGAUGCAGAGAAGCACGACGUGUCUGGCAAGGAGUACCGUGUCGGCUUCAGCGGUUCGUUCGGUGACCAUCAUGUGUCUCCGCGGACCCUGCGCGCCUCGCAACUGGGAAAGAUGAUCUCGCUGGAGGGGAUUGUAACCCGGUGCUCCCUGGUGAGGCCAAAGAUGCUCAAGUCCGUGCACUACUGCCCAGAGACGCGUCUCUUCCACGCGCGCGAGUACCGAGAUGCGACGACGUCGACGUCAAACCUGCCACCAACGUCCGCGGUUACACCACAGAAGGACGACGAUGGGCAUGAUCUGCAGACGGAGUUCGGCCACUGCGUCUUCAGAGACCACCAAAGGAUCAGCAUACAGGAGAUGCCGGAGCGCGCACCGGCGGGGCAGCUUCCGCGGAGUACAGAUGUGACCCUGGAUGAUGACUUGGUCGACCGGUGCAAACCUGGAGACCGGAUACAACUGGUCGGCGUGUACCGCAGUGUCGGAGGUGGUGCCACAGGCGCGUUCAAGUCUAUCAUUCUCGCGAACAACAUCAACCUCCUCUCAUCCAAGAUUGGCGGGGGCAUCGCGCAGACACAACUUACCGACUCGGACAUCCGCAUGAUCAACCAGCUCUCGAAGCGGUCCAACAUCACCAAGCUCCUCUCGCAGUCGCUCGCGCCGUCCAUCUACGGCCACGACCACAUCAAGACCGCGAUCCUGCUGCUCCUGCUCGCCGGCGCGGAGAAGAACCUCCCGAACGGGACGCACAUCCGUGGCGACAUCAACCUGCUCAUGGUCGGCGACCCGUCCACGGCGAAGUCGCAGCUGCUGCGGUUCGUCCUCGGCACGGCGCCCCUCGCGAUCGCGACCACGGGACGGGGCAGCUCGGGCGUCGGUCUCACGGCGGCGGUGACGACGGACAAGGAGACGGGCGAGCGCAGGCUGGAGGCGGGCGCGAUGGUGUUGGCGGACCGCGGCGUGGUGUGCAUCGACGAGUUUGACAAGAUGUCGGAUAUCGACAGGGUUGCUAUUCACGAAGUCAUGGAACAGCAGACGGUGACGAUCGCCAAGGCUGGGAUCCACACUACCCUGAACGCACGCUGCAGUGUCGUGGCUGCUGCUAACCCCAUCUACGGCCAAUACGAUAUCCACAAAGACCCGCACAAGAACAUCGCCCUGCCCGACUCGCUCCUCUCGCGUUUCGAUCUCCUCUUCGUCGUCACGGACGACGUCGACGAGAACCGCGACAGGCUCAUCGCGGACCACGUCCUGCGGAUGCACCGCUACCUUCCCCCGGGCGUCGAGGAGGGCACGCCCGUCGCGGACAACCUCAACCAGAAUCUCUCCAUCGACGGGCCCGCGGCAACGCAGGGCGACGCGGACGAGGGCGAGCCGAGCCCCUUCGAGAAGUACGACCCGCUCCUGCACAUUGGCAUUGGCGAGGUGAUGUCGUCGACGCGCCGGCGGAAGCCGAAGAAGCAGGAGGUGCUGAGCAUCGCGUUCGUGAAGAAGUAUAUACAGUAUGCGAAGAGCAAACCGGCGCCGGUGUUGACGAAGGGCGCGGCGGACUGGAUCGUGAAUGUGUAUGCUACGCUGCGGAAUGAGGACCCAGAGGGCAACAAGAAGAAGACAUCGCCCCUCACGGCGCGUACCCUUGAGACCCUGAUCCGUCUCGCGACCGCCCAUGCAAAAGCACGUCUCUCAACGAAGGUCCAGGAGACAGACGCGAUGGCCGCCGAGGAGCUCCUCCGCUUCGCGCUCUACAAAGAGGUGCUCAAGCGGAAGCGCAGGACGAAGCGUCGUCUCAACAACGGCAAGAGGAACAGACAGGGCAGCGCUGACUCGGAUGAGAGCGAGGAAGAGAGCGACGAUGAAGAGGAUGCAGAGGACGCUCCGCAGUCGCCGCCGAGGAUGGAGAUGCCCGCGCAGGCGAAGGGCAAGGAGAAGGCUGUCCCUGAGGGCCAGCCUGCUGACCCAGUGUGGAGCGAGGGCAGCCAGGAUGCGACGAUGGUAAAUCAGGUGCCAGCAGGGCCGACGGAGGACGGUCAACUCAGGCCUGAACGGUUGAAGCUGUUCCGUUCGCGUGUGGCGAACCUUUUCGCGAACAAACUCCAGGACAGCGACCAGUUCUUCCUCACAGACCUUUUGCAGCUUGUCAACGAGGGUCUGCCGACGGACGCGCUUUUCGGUACCGCGGAGGCUACCAUGGCGUGCGAUGCGAUGGGCGAGCAAAAUGAGCUCAUGCUCAGUGGUGACAUCGUGUAUAAGAUAUAAUCUAGUUUCUUUCCGCUGGGUGUUCUGUUAUGCUAUGUUUUGCUUUCCUUAGUGUCAUGUCUGUAUCACUAUUGUACUAGAUACCUCACAGAUAUUCAUGUCAAUCAUGACCACGCCUUACGUGCUCUCGUCGUUGGCCCGUAUGGUUUGCAGGACUCCAAGGCGGCGUUCACGCAAUGAUCAUGCGAUCGCACUCUACUUACUGUAAUAGCGAACACAUUC